GAAGGACCAAACAAACCCGCAGCGCCUUUAAAAAAAUCCCCGCCGGAAACAGAAAAACUCCUCAGAGACUUUGCCGACAGAUUUACCGACAGAUUUACCGACAGAUUUACCGACAAAACUCGACAUGAAGUUUCGAGGGAAAAUCAUAGACAUCGCGUGCCUCAACCAUUUCACCCGAGUCGUCACCACCAUCUCUAAGCUGACCAAAGUCUGCGUCCUGCGACUGACUCCGGACAACCUGUUCUUCGUUCUGUCGGGAAAAGUGGCGAACGGCGGCGUCAGCAUGUGGUGCGAGCUGUCACAGGCAAACUUCUUCGAUGAGUACCAGAUGGAGGGCGUGUCCCCCGAGGACAACGAGAUCUGUCUGGAGGUGACCCCAGAGAACCUGUCCAGAGCCCUGAAGACGGUCCAGAACGCCAGAGCCGUCAAAGUCAAACUGACCAAGAAGCACUGCCCCUGCCUCACCAUCGCCGCCGAGCUGCCCACCAUGUCCAGCAUCAGCCGAGUCGUCACUCACGACGUCCCGGUGGACGUCGUCCCCCGCAGACUCUGGCACGAGUUCAAAGAGCCGAACAUGCCGGACUUCGAUGUCAGUAUCUACCUGCCUCCGCUGAAGACGAUGAAGAACGUCGUGGACAGGAUGAAGAACCUCUCCAACUUCCUGGUGAUGGAGGCCAACCUGAGCGGAGAGAUGAACCUGAAGAUCGAGACCGAUCUGGUCUCUGUCAGCACUCACUUCAAGGACCUGGGAAACCCUCCGUGGGGUGACGAUGCCUCUCAGGACGGCGGUCCGUCUCAGAGCAGGGACCCAGACGCCAUGGCCCAGGCCAGAGUGGACAUCAGGAAGCUGCAGCAGUUCCUGAUGGGACAGCAGGUCAACCCCAGCAAGGCCAUGUGCAACAUCGUCCACGAGAGGGUCGUCCACCUGAUUCUGCUGCACGAGGACGUGUCGCUGCAGUAUUUCAUCCCCGCUGUGGCGUAGCCGCUCUGCAGACGGCACACCUUAUUUCUGCUCACUGUGAGUUUGGGGAAUUUAAAAAUGGGCUCAGAACCUGUUCCAGGUGUUUCCCCAAAAAGGAUCCUGUCUCUCUCUGAGCCCAUGAGACAAAACUCUGUCUGCGAGUCUGUCCCACAUUUGAAUGACACUGAGGCUGUCCCAGUCCACACGGUGGACCUCAGGAGGACACUGACCCUCUGUAGACGUCACGGUUAUCGAGGAGGAUCCGGACAGUGGAGAUAAAAGAGAAAACUGAACCUUUAAAAUGUGUUUGACAUGUUUUCCAUUAAAAGUAUUGUGGCAUUUA